AUGAUGAAGCAGAGUAUCAUAUCGAAGAAGAAGAAGAAGAGGAAGAACAAACAGUCCAUCCCAGAACAAGUUCCAAUCCAAAUCAUCCUCGAAAUCCUCUCCAGACUCCCCCAUCAAAUCCCUCUUUCGUUGCCAACUCGUUUGCAAAGAAUGGUUUUCUUAAUCUCAGACCCACACUUCGCUAAAUUCCACCUCCCAAGAUCACCCAUUAGCCUCUUGAUCAAACCCAUCUUCAGAGCAUCCAGACAAUUCCGCUUGUACGACCUCCAAAUCCUCCACAAAACCCAUCCCCGCGAAGCCCAUCUCAAGCUCACUUCUGAAAUCAACAUCCCAUAUGCGGGUCAAGAAAUUGUGAAUUCUUGUAAUGGGUUGCUCUGUUUGUGCCACAUUUCUGUGAUUUAUGUUAUACGGUUUUUUAUCGAACGGGUUGUCGAGUCAAUCAACCCCAUUACUGAGUUAAAGACUUAUCGUGAUGAUCCAAAGGCUACGAUUUACACAAUUGGUGGGUUGUGGAGAAACUUGGGUAGUGUUCCUUAUUAUUUGACGAAUCGCUUGUUCAAUUCUUUCGUGAAUGGAGCUCUUCAUUGGCUUAAUUUUACGUGUGAUAGUCCUGAUUUCAUUCGAUGUUUUGAUUUUGAUAGCGAGGAAUUUCGGGUUGUUCCUGAACCUCCUGAGUUUGGUCUGCGUAAGGAGUUUUCGGAUCAUAUUCGUGUGAGUGUGCUACGAGGUAGUCUCUCCAUUUGUGAUUUUUCUAGUCCUCUUCGUAUGGAUAUGUGGUUAAUGAAAGAUUAUGGGAUUACGGAAUCAUGGAGCAAAGAGUUGGUUAUUGAAAAUGGGAUUGGUAAGAGAGGAAAUUUGGACUGUUAUGAGCCAAUCAUGAUUCUAAAGAGUGAUGAAAUCUUGAUGCUUGUUAACAAGGAUGCUCUCAAGAUGUAUAAUCCUAAGUUGGGUAAAUUUAAGAAGCUAAAUACUUAUGGGAUUAAAUCAGAAUUUUAUGGGACUGCUCAUGUUCCGAGUUUUGUUUCCCUCAGGGAUGUUGCCAAAAGAGAGAAAUUUUCUUUCGUGUGUUAA